AUGAGGAGAAGAUUCAUUGGGAAGAUAUCUUCAAGCAAUAUCAACAAGUUGGAUGCUUUCCCAAAGGUUGCUGAAGUCUGCGUUAAAACCUCCAUAACUGGGGGCACAGUUACACUGCUUACUUUCACACUGAUGGCCAUCCUAACCAUUGGGGAGUACUGUUAUUAUCGGGACACUUGGAUCAAAUACAGUUAUCAAGUUGACACAGAUAUUUCCAGCAAACUACAAGUAAAUAUCGACAUUACGGUGGCCAUGGAAUGUGACUAUAUUGGAGCAGAUAUCACUGAUCGGAUGGAUAUGGCCGUCAGCGAGUCUGAGGAUUUUCAUUACGAGCCGACCUAUUUUGAACUCUCAGCCGAGGACAGAGCCUGGCAGAGAACGAUGCAAAAUAUAAAUCAACGUUUGCAGAAGGAACACAACCUCCUGGGCUCUCUCAUCAAGUCACCGUUUAACAGGACAUCUCCAACAGAACAUCCAAGAGGCGUUGGCACCGGCGAGCCUCCUGACGCCUGCAGGAUCCACGGAUCAACAGAGGUCAACAAAGCAUCGGGAAAUUUCCACAUUCUAGCCGGAAAAUCACAGCAACUCCCAAUGGGUCACGCACAUGUGCUUGCAGUGAAGAACCUUGAAGUGUACAAUUUUUCCCAUCGGAUCGACCAUUUCUCCUUCGGAAUGCCAAGCGCAGGAUUAAUACAACCACUAGAUGGCAGUGAGAAGAUAACAGAGUCAAAUCUGUACAUGUUCCAAUACUUCUUGAUCGUGGUGCCCACUGAGAUCAGCACCUACAAGUUCUCCACCAGCACCCACCAAUUCUCGGUCUCGGAGCACUUGCAGGAAAAAAGCCUCACGGGAAUGAUUAGGAAGCACGAGGUGCCAGGAAUCCUGGUGAAAUAUGAUCUCAGCUGUCUUAAGAUUUUGAUCUGCGAGGAAGGAAUGUCCCUCAGCCGGUUUCUAAUUCGCCUCUGCGGUGUCGUAGGUGGAAUAUUUUCAACUGCAGGGCUUCUGCACAAUAUUUGUGGAUUUAUUAUCAAUCUUCUUUGCUGCCAGUGCAAAUCCAGAAACGAAUACAAUGGUGAGUUGAAAACAGAUUCAAAUUUCUUGCAGUUCUGUUCGAGCAACCUCAAUCAUGUUAAAUUAAACUAAGAACCCAAUGGAAGUCCAUAUAAUCCUCG